AUGUCGUUCUCUAUGUUAAGUACCGAAAUUCUUGAAAAUAUCCUCGACUUCCUGGACGUCGGCCUGGUCGAAGAUAAAUUUCCUUAUCAUCCAGGAUGUAAGCGGAAGGUGAUCACAAUUCCUCCUAAACCCCAAGAAAGGCAUGAGCCUGUCAACCUUGACAAUUCUCGGGGCCUCGGGCGCUAUGCCCCUCUCAGUAGAAAAUGGCAGGAGCUCGUGGAAAGGAGAACGUUCUCUUUGCUCGUCCUUAGCGAAGGCCGGCUGAAAGGGGCGCUCAAAAUCUGGACCUCCACCCGACUCGAAUACGUCAAGGCCAUAGACAUCCGAGUUCAUGGGGACGAAAAGAUACUCACUCAAAUACUAUACAACGGCGGGAUUAUCGCGCGCCAAGUGAAGCCUGCCUUUGUAACUCUCAGUCUUCUGAAGCAAAGGCUGGCCACCACUUCACAUAGUCUCUGUGAAGCCACUCUUCGUAUACUUUUAUAUAACUCUGUGGUUUCAAAUAUGGGUACAGAACUAGAUUGGGGUGGCGGGUAUGUACCAGAUGUUCCUGAACUCGACUUCGUCAAACAGCUUGUGUUAGGCUGUGAAACAACGAUUGCGAUGGAAGGCUUUUCCUUGGGGGUCAAGAGCGGACCAACUCCGUUCUCCCCUAAUUUGCUCAAGAAGCUUCGCGACGCUCUGCCAGGAAUCCAGCGAUUGGUCCUGUAUCCCUUUUUCUCUGUCGUAAAAGGAAAAGAAACAAAUGCGACUGAAGAACUAUUAAAGAAUUGCUGUCUAAGAAAUGGCAUCGCCCUCUACAAUUCUAUUCCCAUGGGGCUCGAGGCCUUGUCAACAGAGUAUUAUGAGAGCUUUGCUGAUCAGCUACCUAUGGGAGUUUCGCGGCAUCUGCGGAAUCAUACGAAGUCUUCAAAGCGCUGGGCGGGAGACGAACUGCCAGGAGGGCUGAUGACGGCUCUCCGCGUAGCAUCUUCCCGAGUCAAUUGCUUCCACUUUCGGGGCCGUCUGGAUCACACUUUUCUGUGCCCAACGGACGAAGAGAUGGGAAUGAUAAGUAGGCCUCUGUGGCCACGCCUCGAGAAGAUGCACCUUGUGAUCUUGCCGUUGCUUGGGCCGUAUCAGUGGCUGUAUGAGUUUCACGACGUACAGGGGCAACAAGACGCUCUCGAUGACAACAGCGAUAUGCAGACUCUGACCCGAGUCAGUUUUGCUCGAGUCUGCGAGGCUAACAUGAAUGAUUUUCUUGCCGCGGUUGUCCGUGGUAUCCAUGAGAUGCCUAGGCUCACACACUUUGAACUGGAGAUCGAGUAUGCAAACGACAUCCUCCACAGGUUCGACCUUCGCAUCGACGACCGGAGCGCCCACGCAACGUGGAGCAGCUAUCCAUCAUUCAGGCCAAGUGAUGCGGUUCUAGCAUCCUUCCAAUCGCUGGUGCAUGAUCGCGAUCUUUCAUUUGAGUUUGAGUGUAUUGCACUGCCUCCUCCCAUGUACACGGACCAUUCGCUUUGGAACAAGAGACAGUACUUCUAA